GGCUGCCACUCCCAGAUAUUUCACAGGGAGCCCUAGGACCAUGGGGUUGCAGGCUAACAGAGGCAUUUGGGAAGUAGCAAGCUAUUAGAGCCUGAGUGGCCCUCUUUCCUUUCCUGCUCUAACGACAGUGAGGAAGAUGACGGUGACACUGUGUCCCACAUUAUACUGGGGGAGGAUGGAGUGAAGGAAGACCAGGCACAGCCACUGAAAGAACUGGGACGUGUCACCAUUGGAGACAGGGAGGAAAGGGUGGCGAUGAUACCAGUGACCCUGAGAGGACAAGGGGACCGGGACCGGGGUGCCUCGUGCACGCACAGGACCAUCCACAGGAAAUGGAGCCGCUGCUGCGAGUAGCCAAUCAGCUGUCAGCUCAGUGCACGACCAAAUACGCCAGCUCCUGAUUGGCUGCUGGAGGACCAAUCAGCUAGUGGAGCGGGAAGCUGUUGCGAAGCACCGCGACCUUCCGGCCCUUGCGAGGAGUCUGGCCCUCGCCUGGCCCUGGUCUGACACGGCUGUGUAGCGCAUGCCCUGCACUGUGCAUCAUGACAGAUCAGGUCAGCCUAGAGCCUGCACAGGUGACCUCGGAGCUCACCUGUGAGUGCCCGGAGCCCCGGGGCCGCCCGGUCCAGCGGUAGCGCAGUGGUAAAGAAACGGAAGGGCGACCUACUCUUUCCAUCCCCGGAAAUGUCAGGAGCAGGCCUUCAGGCAUGGCUGUAUCCAGGAAGGGUUCAUUUCAGACCUUUGGAAAGGAGGUGUGCAUCACAGGUCACUCGGUGUACCCCGGACUCUGCACCGUCCUUCAGGAGUGUACAUGUUGCCAAUGCUAUGCCAGGUUUGGGGGCCACUUGCCUGUGCCCCGGGCUGAUGCACUGCUGCCCUACUGGGUCCCUCUGUCCCUGAGACCACGAAAGCAGGUCUCAAAGAUGAUGCGGUGUUAUGUCCCCAGAGCCAUAAGGUCGUGCCGUUGCCCCUGCCACAGCUUUGGGGGGCGCCUUCCGAUGCCCAGGGAGAGGGCUGUCAUGCCCUAUUGGGUGCCCCAGGGGCUGAGGUCACAGAAGAAGGUGGUGAAGAGGUUGGAGAAUGUUAAAGGCACUCCAGAGUGCUCCCUGGACUCAAGCAGCUGCCAUGGCCGUUGGCGGGUUUGCGGGGACCAGCGUCUCCUCCUCAAGUGGCAGCAGCUCCAGGCCCCUCAUCAGGAUGAGCUGCCUCAGGAGCUCAGGCCUCAGGAGGGUGAGCCACAUGCUGGCCGCUUGGGCCUCUUCCUGCCCAUCAGCUUCAAUCUCCUGACCCUGCUGCAGGCUGUCCUGAGGGCCAUCAUGGCCAUUCGGCUCUCAGCAAGCCCAUGCCCAGGACAGCGAGCGCUCAGCCCGGGGGACAGUUCCCAGCACUUGCCUUUCUCUUGGCUUUCUAGCCAUUUGUUCUGGGACUGAAGUGGAGUCUUCAGCUACUGUCAAGAUCCUGAGCAAGAAUGUCAGUCACCAUCAUGGUCCUCAAGGGAAGCCCUCAGAUCAGGAGGAUCUGUGACACUUGCUGUUUCCACACACGAUAAGAUCUGCACCCAUGGUCCAAUCUGAACUAGAAGCCACCAUGUGACUGUUAGUUGAAGGGGGGCUGGUGUGAAUGUCCAAACGAGUCUGUUAUGAAUGCAGCCAAUAAAUGUUAUUUGUGAAACUCUAAA